AGUUGCGUUCUCGUGUUUGCGAAGUUAACUGCUUGUGCUUCGCAAGAUGGCGGCGUUUCGGUAUACACACGCUGUAGUCAGCCGAUUGCCAAAUUCUUUAGAAAAUCAUGGCAAUAUUGAUUUAGAAGAAGCGAAAAAACAACACGAAAAUUAUGUUCGAUUGUUGCGAGAAAUCGGUUUGGAUGUAAUCGAAUUGCCUCCUGAUGAAUCUUUACCAGAGUGUGUAUUCGUAGAAGACACAGCGGUUGUUUGUAAUGGGACAGCUUUAAUAGCUAGGCCAGGUGCGGCACAUCGGACACAAGAAGUAGAAACAAUUAGGGUGGUAUUAAAAAAGGAAUUAGGUCUACCAAUUAUCGAAAUUUCGGAUGCCCAAGCUAGAUUAGAAGGUGGAGAUGUUUUAUUUACAGGUAGAGAAUUUUUUGUUGGAAUUUCACAAGCUACGAAUGAAGCUGGAGCAAGAGCAGUGGCAAGCGCUUUUCCAGAAUAUCCUUGUACACCUAUUAAGGUUCCAGAGUCAAAACACCUUAAAUCAUUUAUAACUAUGGGAGGACCAGAUCUAUUAUGCGUAGGUAGCGGAAAGGAAGCACAGGAAGUUUUAAAACGAAUGGAAAGAGAAGCAACUUUCAGUUAUGGCAUUAUAAUUUUACCAGAAGACGAAGCAGCUAACGUAUUGUAUAUAAAUAACACGUUGGUUCAUCGUAGUGUUGAAGAAAUACCUUUGUCAGUUAAGGUAUUCAGUGAAAAAAUCGACUAUCCCAGGAGGCCCAUUAAAAUUUCCCAGCUAGCGUCGAAGUCAAACGGAUUAACUUCAAGUUGUAUAUUAGUACGAAGAACACGCCAUCUAAGAAAUCUUUAAAUACAGAAUAUUCUUGCUUGUAGUCUGAUUAAACAUCUAUAUAAUUUUUGUUGUUUCGAAACUAUUGAAAAAUAUGUUUCUUAAUGAUAAUUGGAAGAAAAAUAAUUACAGUACAAAUUCUGCCAUUUCUAUAGCUAUAAAGAUUUAUUGAGUUAGCUGACAGUAAUUUGUUAAAGAUGAAUUUUAAGAACAAGCACACUAAAUAAAAUGAAUAUAAACGCGGAUUAAA